GAGCGGCCGGCUACAGCACCAUCAAUUGCAAGACGACACCAUGAAUGGUCGCAGGUGAAUGAUCUCGUGAAUGACCUUAUUGGUGAUGUCGUGGAUCUCGUCAAUUCUGAUUCUGCGUGCUAUGACUUGCCAAAACGCCCGCAUACAGCCUGUGCGGGCGUGCAUGCCAUCCCGAUCAUGCCGGCAGCAGAGUCCUGGGGCACUGGCAGUGAAAACGAAAGCGAUGGCGGCUCUUUAGAUUGGGAAGACGACAACACAAUUCCUGUUCCUUGUGCGACAGGAAGUUUGUCGACCUCGUCAGCUGUCUGUAGCCCGGAUUUCCAGGACGAUGAGAAGUCGCAGUGGCGGUCGCUGACAAAAGGUGAAUUCCUCCUCCUGGGUGGGAUGCCAAGAGUUGCGGGCGUUUCUCAACAGGAUGCCUCCUUGAACCUCGAUCCUGCCGUGUCUAGCACUCCUGCGAAAGUGACAGCAAGGCAGAAGCCACUUGGUGCCCUACCCUUUUCACUGAGUACGAGGCUUCCAAGGACAAAUCUCUUCGUGAAUGGAGGUCAUGGAAUGGCGCCGCAAGCGUCCAGGUUCAAAUCGCACAGCUCCUGGAAAGAUUUCCUUCCAAUGCGCACCUCAAGCACGUCAGGUCAGCUCGGUGAUCAAAGAAGGAUGGUCAAGAGCCUGAGGCCUUCAGCUGGCUACCCGGAAGCUCCAGAAGAGCAGGGCCCUGCUCACAGCAGCCUCGAACUCCAUCCAACCAAAGGUCCCAAAUACCGUGUUGCCCCUGGUGCGAGUCGACCAGUACGUGCUCGCGCACACCAAUCAAAGGUGGAGCAAUUUGUCUUGGAGUUCAGAUCUGAGCCGCGAGUGAUCCCCGCUAGGCGCCUCCAUGCCAAGGCCCAGAAGGAACUGCGCGUUCCCGACUUGAGCUGCCAGAAGCACAUGGAUUUGGCACCUUUGCACAGGUUUCGUCCACAUGACACUGGAUGGGCACGUGAGAGGGAGGCACUGGCGCAAGGAUGA